AUGCUCCUAGCUGUGCACCGUGAAGGAAGCUCAAGUGUGCUGUCUGGCUACAUGUUAGUAAAAGUGCCUCGCCAGCUGUGACCACCUAGCAAAGGAGUGUCACAGUGUAAGUGGCCAUGCAUCCUUUUGGCUGUGAGGCAGAGACCUCACUUCAGGACCUGUUUGAGUACUUCAAGAGGUGCCUGCAGCAUGGAGAGUGGGAGCUGGCCAGUGCCUGUGUGCCGCAGCUCAUCACUUCAACAGGAGGGCUUUCAGAAAACCUGCAAGACUUAAUCAAAGCUAUUGUCUGCCAUCCUUACAAUUUAAAAUGGGAGUCUGUGGGGAGUCCACACAAGCUGGCAUGGUUUUGGCUUCAGGUUCUGUUGAAAUGGACAGAAGAGCAGAUUUCUCCCAGUGUCAGAAGAGAGCUGGAGUUCCUGUUGCUCCUGGAGGAACUGGGCUCAGAGAGCAUACCAGACACUGUUCUCAAGGAUCUGCACCAGGCCUUCUUGGAUACGCAGUCUAACCAAAAGCCUGCAGCAGGUUCAAGGUCAACAGAUGCUGCUGUUGAGUCAUGCCUCAGAACCUUAUUGGAGAAGAAGCCCAGACUGGCCCAGUGUUUAGCUCAGUUCUUACAGGACCAGUCAUGGACAGAUGGCCAUUCUCUGCAGCGGCCGUUUGUCCAACACCUGAUGAAUAAACUCAGAAAGCCAGAGAGGAAGCAGGAGAAGGUAGAGGAGUGGGUGGAGGAGAUAUAUGCUGUGUUGGCUGUGAUGCCAUGGAGCUCUGGUAGUAGUGGUGGGCAGUUUGAGGCACUGUGUGAGGUGCUGUGGGCAGCCAGGCAUGGACCCCUGACAGAGGAGAGGAUCCUGAACUCGCUGCUUCGCCCUCGGUGUCAUGCUUUGGUUUCUGUGUACUGCUCCACUGCUCUGAGGCUUCAGAGGGAUCAUCUGCUGAGGAGCUCGCCUAACACACAAGGUAGUCUGAUAAUCUUUUCUCAUGUUACUUAG